UGUCACAUCGGGAGGGCUAACAGCAUCAGCUCCCCAGGAUAAACAAUUCCUGGCCAGGAAGACCUCCUAUUUGAAUUUCCAGGGCUCAGCACGGGAUAAAAAAAAAAACAAGAGGGAAAGGAAACACCCCUGGCCGAAAAGGAAAGAGAGAGAGACAUAAAAGCGAAUCUUCUCGUAUGAGCAGACGUUAGCCAAAAAACGACGCCUCGGAUCGUAAGCAGAGAAGGAAUUUAGAAGAACGAGACCCCAGACUGCAGGAACCAUGGAGUUGACUGACACGCUGAUCCAGCAGGAGCGGCUGCAGGCGAUAACGGAGAAGCGGAAGCGGCAAACUGAAAUUGAGAACAAGCGAAGACAGUUGGAGGAUGAGAGGAGGCAGCUGCAGUAUCUUAAGUCCAAAGCGUUAAGGGAAAGAUGGCUACUGGACGGGGCCCCCUCCAGCACGUCCGUAGAAGAUGAGGCCUUGAAGAAGCAGAUGCAAGAGGACGAGGCCAAAACCAAAAGCCUGGAGGAGACCAUUCAGAGACUGGAGCAGGAACUGGAGGAGCUGGAAAGUGGAGUCUCGGCCACAUCAACAAAGGAGAACCUGUCUGAGGCAGCGAAGGAGGAGACUGGGAAGACUGGGGAUGGCGUCUCAAACACUCCUGUCGGCUCCACUAAAGCAGUCAGAGUUCACAAGAGCCCUCGUCUGGACAAGUCCGGAGGUCACUCUGACAUGAUGAAGGCAGCCAUGUACUCUGUGGAGAUCACCAUUGAAAAGGACAGAUUGACAGGAGAGACCACCGUUCUGUCCACCAGUACCCUCUUGCCCAAAGAUCUCUCGCACCAAGGGAUCAAGGUGUAUGAGGAUGACCUAAAAGUGGUCCACGAGGUCCGCGUCGCAGAUGGGACAGUAGAAAAUGGAGUUCACCUCCUCAGUUCCACCGAAGUGGAGGAGCUGAUCCACAAAGCAGAUGAAGUCUCCAUGAGCGACGUGAUCAGCACCAAGGAUGGAGAAGCCAUUGUCAAGAAUGGCAAGAGCACAUCCCAGACUCCCAAGAAGGAGAUCACCGGCAUCGAGGCCAUACCCACCGGCACCCCCCAGAAGGCUGGUAACGGCAACAACCCCAGCCAGGAGCACCCGGUCACCAUGGUCUUCAUGGGCUACCAGAACGUGGAGGAUGAGGCGGAAACCAAGAAGGUGCUGGGCCUGGAGGGCACCAUCAAGGCAGAGCUGGUGGUCAUCGAGGACGGGGAAGGGAAGACGGGCGCCGAAGACGGCAAGCAGGAGCAGCAGGACCCACCCAACGGCAGCGCGGCAGAGGCGCCGAAGGACGAGGAGUGCGCGGAGAAGUGCGAGGCCGAGCAGGCAGCCGGGGAGCUCAACAGCAAGGAGAAGCAGCCAUGCAAGUGCUGCUCGGUGAUGUGAGCCGGGCACGGCCGGGACUCUCUGCAGGACGAACGAGUGACUUUGAAAUUGCAUUCUGUUGUGUAUCUUUUGAGCGACUGUUGUCCCCCUCCAAACCCGCCCCAGCGCCCCCCACUUCCUUCUUUUCCUCUUUUUUUUUUUUGUCUGUACUUUUUUUUUUCAAUAUCUUCUCGUGAAUCGACGCCAUGCACUCAGACGGGUGACCACCCGAGGCUCGCCAGGCUCUCGAGCUUUGAUGGGUGGGGUGUUCCACUGAAGGUCCGCUUUCCCUGAAGGUCACUUAUGCGCGUGCACACACAGACAGACACACGCACUCCGGCACGAGCCUGAGCCCACGUGGAUGCAGCGAGCCUGGAGGCGUGGCUAAUGGCUGGCAUACCGGGCACUUGAUUCCACCCUGUGUCUUAUUGGAUGCUUCCCUUCAGGGCUGCCAUUGUAAAGCAGGUGCCCAUCGAAAUGAGUAUCUUGGGCAUAGCGGGUCCUCUUAAACUCACAUUGGCAGCUUCUCUUCUCUUUUUAUUCAUGCAUGUGGCAAGUGAAAGAUGCAGAACGAUCAAAACGCUAGGUGGCAGCUACUGGGGGGCACACAGGCAACACCACGGCAGCUCCCUGGUCCUCCGUAUCACUGUGUGGGAUGAGCUCAGAUGUGGGUUAGGGGGCAGUAGAGAGCCACACAGUCAAGAACUCUCAGUGGGCGAGGGGAGUCGAGAAAUACGGGAGCUGUGAUCAGGACGUGCCACCAUCACUCAGUGCUGCCCCCUCCUGGGCUGGCCGAGAUCUCGCCCUUCCAGUCUUUCAUAUUAAACUUCGCAAGGGAUUAAGUUUUGAACCUUCUCAAACAAUCUUGAACAGCUGGAUGUGGCACCGUACCUGUAUAGAUGAACCUGGGGAUGCCCCCUUUAUUCAGUCAGUGUAUGAAUCGAGUCCACCUCACGGCCAUCUUCAGUCCUCCUCACGUCUCCCAUUCUGUUACUCCACCAGGUGAUUCCUGAAUUAGCCGAGUGGUCAUUGACACCCCCAGCCACUACACAGAAACAUGGAGGUCUGCUGGUGCAGUGGCCAUUAGAGUGACCACUCGUCCUCCAUUUAUGAAGAACGGCUGGGAUUGGAGGAGAAGGAUCUGAGUGAGCACAACUGACAUCACCCUGUCUCUCGCCCCAUCCUCUCGCUCUUCUCUCCCACCCUUGCCCUUUCUCCCUUUCCCUCUACCCAUGGACCACUCCUCUCUUUCUUUUUCUCUCUUGCUGAUGUCCCCUUUUGCCCCCUCCCUCCCUCUCUCUCUCUCUCACCCACACUCCCCCCCUCACCCAUUGCCCUCCCUCGCCCACCGCCCCCCCAGGACCCCCGCCCGUAUUCCUUUCUUUCUAUUUAUAUCCAGUCUGUGUAGCCAUGAAUUACACUUUAGCGUCUCUGUGUGGUCUCUUUGCUGUGUUUUGGAAGCUCUGGUCACGUUCAUCGCCGAGCCCCGACACCGUAGAUGGACGUCUGUCACGCCGUCUCCACGUGCAGAGGGUGACACAAGUGGCUUUUGUCUAAAACGUCACUCGCCCAUAGAUGAGCCAGCGGGGUGUGUGUGUGUGUGUGUGUGUGUGUGUCGAGUGGGGCUGAAUCUAUGGGUCCAAAGAGAGGCUUCCAUUCUGACCAGGAGUCCCUGCUCGUCUCCGGGGUCUCAUCGUCUCAUUUGCUGUCAAACUGUGAUGGCCAGGAAACCUAAAGGAUGUCCCUGCAGGAAACCCAGCGAGUGGAGUGGGUGGUAAAGCUGCCGACCUCCGUCACGACGCACACUUCAGCAAGGGGACGAGUGGCCCGCAGUGGUCUGGGGUUCUGCCCGGUGAGAGGUGUGAGGACUUUCACGGAGAUGACGGAGCUGCCUUUGAGCGUUCAUAAUUGUUGAAUAUUUGUACAAAUGAUGAGAAACAAAACAAAAGCAGAAUGAUGAACCUAAAUGUUGAAUAAAUUGUGCAAAGGGC